UUGUUAAGGUUCAGUGCACGAGUACUGGAACGAGCGUGCUCAGCGCUAGCCGGGAGACGUGUGGCUGCGCUGCUGGUUUGCGGGGGUGGCGCUUCUGCCUCCUCUGUAGUAACGGCGGCAUCGCACGCUGGCGUGCCAGUACUUCGUACUUCACCUUCUCACCUGCAUCUCUCCUACACCAUCGCUAAUGAUCUGCUGCCCUUGGAGAUUAGACUAGAAGUUACUGCAAGGGAGACAUUACAUGCACUAAGGGCAACUCUUUUGCAUACACAUUGGCACAAGUUCACUUUGUUGGCUGAAGAGGAUAUAUAUGCAUCUCUUUACUUGAGAAAGGACUUAUCGUCUAUUCUUACAUCACAUCCGCUUAGUCCUAAAUGGCUUUCACUUCCAACAAAAUAUUCUCGACAUGUUAUUUUCAGACGGCUCGCCGAGGUUUCAAGAUUAACUCGAGGUGUUGUCGUUUUGAUAUGUGACCUUCAUUACGCUAAAAUCGUUAUGGAUGAGGCCAAGCGAUUAAACAUGCUCGAUGGCCAUUUCUUUUGGUUAUGGAUUGAUGCUUCCCGCGAGUUUGACGUCUUCCAUAACAUCGUUAAUUUAUCUCAUAAUACCGAAGAUAAAAAUCAAAAUUUUAAAGAUUUUUUGGAUAAGGAGGAAGCAUUUAUUAGCGAUGGUUUUGAACGUAGAAAACGAGUUGAUGCAGACAAUAAUUCAAUAGCAUAUGUGAACAACCGCUAUUUGCAGGAAAUGUCCAAAAUAAUACAUGAAAAUGUAACUAGUGGAUAUCUUUUAAAUAUAGGUAAUAGUUCAAAAAAUACAUUAUUUCGAUAUAUUAGAAGAAAUGUUAAUGAAUCUAAAGCGCACAUUAAUAAAACAUUUAGUAAAUCGUAUUAUAAUACUAGUAAAAUUAGUAGUUUGGAAAGAUUAAGAAAUUUAAAUGUAAAUAACAAAGGCGUUGAAAGUUCUAAAAUUGGAAACAAGUCAUUAGAAAAGGAAGAUGAUAGUUCCUUAUAUAACAGUUACAUAAAUAGAGGCUUAGAUAUUAAAUUAGAAAAUGAAUUAUUUAAUAAUUCUGUAAAUAAUAUAAAUGUAAAUGAAUUGGUAAAAAAAAAUCUAGAACAUAAAUAUUUAGAUAUUAAAGACGAAGAACGAGAUCUUAAAGAUAGAGAAUUUUCAAGUGAUAUUAGCGAUUUCUUAAUGAAUCCCACGGUGCAUACUUCUACGAUGACUAUUGUUAGAAAUAAAAUGGUGAACAAAAGAGAUAAAUAUGUACUAAAGAAUGAGACGUUCGAGUAUAAAAAACAAAAGUCAAAAGAUAACAAAACUACAGAUUUUAAUAGCCUACCAAUAGGGCUGUUGGCACUUUACCCUCAACCAAUGAUAAUUGAUAAAAGGUUCAUAGAAUCUGCAGUGAGAUUAACCGUCGGUGCACUCCGUCGAGUUUUACGUGCAUGUGAUGCGUGGUCGGCACAAGCCCAAUUUUUGAGUGACGCCACGGCAUCUUGCUGGGAGGAACCUAGUGAUGCAGCUGCUGAUUUUUCUGUCGAAUUUGUAAGAGAAAUGCGGAUAUCAUCAACAGCAGUAUUAGCUGGUGGAACUGAAAAACUAGACCCAGCACUUAUAGCCAGAUUUUCACUUCUUAAUUUGAUUUCAAAUUCUAAAGGCGGCAAUGUUUGGAGAGAAGUUGGGCAAGUAAAAGGCAGAAAAGUCCAACUACAUACAAUAGUUUGGCCUGGCGGACAUCUAGUUGCACAUGGACAAUCAGCUGGUGCUCGAACUAUAUUUCGUAUAGUGACAGCUUUAGCACCUCCUUUUGUUAUGGAAGGCGAACUCGAUGAAGAUGGACAAUGUUUGAGAGGAUUAACUUGUCAUCGUCCUCAAACAUCUGAUAGAGAUAACUUAACGCUAGUUUUCAAUGAAUUAGAGAGAGAAAGCGACCAAGAAACUAACGAUUUCUUUUUUCCUACACCUAAACCAACGACUUUCUCAAGAAUGGCUACACAUUGUUGUUAUGGUCUAGCAAUGGAUCUGUUAGAAAAUAUAGCCCAAGAGCUUGAAUUUGAUUUCCAUUUAUAUAUAGUAGAGGAUGGCUUAUAUGGUUCAAGAAAAAUAGUGAGGCCUUUUCGAAGAUUAUUUGAAAAAAAUAUUCCUAAUGAGUUUUGGUCUAAACAGGAAAGUUAUCAUUCGCAAUUUUAUAAAGAUAAUGAAGAAAUUGAACCAAACACUGGUUAUUAUCCAGACACGCCAGAAGAUUACGAAAAAUGGAAUGGCAUUAUAGGGGAUUUAGUUUCUGGUGCUGCACAUAUGUCGUUUGCUGCUUUAAGUGUGUCCGCAGCAAGAGCUGAAGUCGUUGAUUUUAGCCAACCUUAUUUUUUCAGCGGAGUUUCAAUAUUAGCUGCACCAAAUCAAAGACCAGAUAUACCAUUGCUAGCUUUUUUGUUACCCUUUUCACCAGAAUUGUGGAUUGCAAUAUUUACGUCAUUAAAUGUUACAGCUAUUGCUGUAGCAAUAUACGAAUGGCUGUCACCUUUUGGACUGAACCCUUGGGGACGUCAAAGAUCUAAAAAUUUUAGCAUAUCUAGUGCUCUUUGGGUAAUGUGGGGACUUUUAUGUGGCCAUCUUGUUGCUUUUAAAGCCCCUAAAAGUUGGCCGAAUAAAUUUCUUAUCAAUGUUUGGGGUGGGUUCUCUGUAAUAUUUGUUGCUAGUUAUACUGCCAACAUUGCAGCUCUUAUUGCAGGCUUGUUUUUUCACAAUGCUGUAGAUGAUUACCAAGGAAGGAAUAAUUGGCUUUCUUUGCGGGUCGGAACAGCUCGCUCUUCAGUAGCAGAAUACUAUGUUCAACGGAACAAUCCACAUCUGGCACAACAAAUACGAAAAUAUGCACUGCAAGAUAUCGAGGAAGGAAUUCAACGGCUGAGAAACGGUACUUUAGAUCUCCUAAUUGCAGACACUCCGGUAUUGGAUUACUAUCGUGCUACAGACCACGGAUGUAAAUUACAAAAAGUUGGAGACCAUGCCCUCACUAAAGACACAUAUGCAAUUGGAAUGGCAAAAGGUUUUCCACUAAAGGAUAGCAUCUCUGCAGUAAUAGCAAAAUAUUCGUCUAACGGUUAUAUGGAUAUACUAACUGAAAAAUGGUAUGGUGCUUUACCUUGUUUCAAACUAAGCCCUGAUUAUGGAAUUCAACCAAAACCUUUGGGUGUGGCUGCUGUAGCGGGUGUUUUUUUACUUUUAGGAGUUGGAAUGAUUGUGGGUUGCCUAAUAUUGAUUUUGGAACACCUUUUUUACAAGUAUACGUUACCGAUUCUACGUCAUCAGCCAAAAGGAACAAUAUGGCGAAGUAGAAAUAUUAUGUUUUUUAGUCAGAAGUUAUACAGAUUCAUAAAUUGUGUUGAAUUAGUAUCUCCACAUCACGCAGCACGUGAAUUAGUAAACACUAUUCGUCAAGGACAUUUUACAUCUCUUUUCCAAAAGAGUGUGAAAAGGAAGGAACACGAGCAACGUAGGAGAAGAAAAAGUAAAGCACAGUUCUUUGAAAUGAUACAAGAAAUAAGAAGGGUUCAGCAGAGACGAGAUCACUCCUUGGAUUCUAUUAAGGAGAAUAUUGCUAUAGAAACUUCAGAAGUAUUAGAAGAAAUAACCGAAUCAAAAUUCUUAUCACCUUCACCUGAUGUAUCUAGCCGCUCGCCUCGACAAGGUCAUUCACCUAGGCAGCUACGCUCACCCAAAACUCGUAGAAAAAGAUGCAGUCUUGCUGGAUUAAAUGUAAGAAGGUUUAGUACAGAUUCAGUUUUAGAAUCAGACACAGCCUCAUUUUAUGAAAAGACAAGUUUAAAUAUUGGCAGGAGACUUAGCCGAGAUGUAAGUUGCUUAACGAAUUCUCCUCCUGACAUUAACAGUCGGCUUCGUACACCAUCGCCCAUGGUCCUUCGAGCAGAUUCCUGUUCCACUCGAUCUUACCAAGAUGUUUCAGAACGGACAGAUAAAUUUUUAAGUAUUAAUCCACCUUCACAUAGAGCAAGUGUUGAAAUCAUGGUUACACAAGAGAAUGAUUUGCCACCUGCCCCGCCUUAUCCAAAAGUUUCAAUAACGGGAACUAGGUCAGAAUUAUCUCGGCUAUCAGAAGAAGAGCUUAUAAGAUUGUGGCGAAGCUCAGAAAGAGAAGUCAGAGAAUCACUUUUAGCAGCGUUGCAAGAGAAACGUGCUAGUUUAGACCCAAAACUAGAUCCCGGGUGA